AUGGCUUCAAACCAAUUUGCCGUCCCCGAUUCUCCGACGGACGCUAUCUCUGCCGUCAAGUUUUCGACAAAGCCAGAUUCGACGCGAUUUGUGGUAUCGUCAUGGGACAAGAACGUGUAUUUAUAUGACCUUCGGGACCCUCAAACCGGCGAACUUGGUGAAGGAACGCUGGUCGGGAAAUUCGAACAUCGUGCUCCUGUUCUGGAUGUGUGCUUUGGAGAGAACGAGAAUGAACUCUACACAGGCGGCUUAGAUUGGGAUGUCAGAAGGUAUUCCCUUCGAACAAGCUUUGCUACGCUCCAGACUCACCCUAUGGAUCUUAGAAUCGAUGUCACUUCCUCGUCGCAAACGGUCCUCAGCUCGCACGAUGCAGGCGUAAAGUCUGUUGUCUAUAGCAAAGAACAUAAACUCGUAGCGUCUGCAUCAUGGAGCUGUACGCUUCACAUCCACCGAGUUGGCGCAGACAUGCCGACCGCGCCCGCCGUCAUUACACUCCCCUCGAAACCCUUCUCGCUGUCCAUCACUCCAACCAAGCUAGUCGUUGCAAUGGCGUCUCGCGCACUACACAUCUAUGACCUCCAAUCUCUCGCUACCCUUGUUGACCAAUCCGGCGCCGCUCCUCCUCCCAACAAACUCGACAUCGAGCCCUGGCAACGUCGCGAAAGCAGUCUAAAGUUUAUGACGCGAGCAGUGGCUUGUAUGCCCAACGAUGCCGGAUACGCAUCUUCCAGCAUAGAAGGUCGGGUCGCGGUAGAAUGGUUUGAUCCAUCCCCGGAAUCACAGGACCGGAAGUACGCUUUCAAGUGCCAUCGCCAGAAUGUCGAUGGUGUGGAUGUGGUGUAUCCAGUUAAUGCACUGGCUUUUCACCCAAUUUUUGGUACUUUUGCUUCUGGUGGAGGCGAUGGGGUUGUUGCCUUGUGGGAUGGGAUUGCAAAGAGGAGAAUUAGGCAGUACCAGAAGUAUCCCAGCAGCGUGGCCGCUCUAGCUUUUAGCUCAAAUGGGAAUUAUUUGGCAAUUGGGGUCAGCCCGGGCUUUGAAGAUGGCACUGAUGAUACACCAGAGGGCACAAUAAAAGUAUUUAUCAGGGAACUGGGUGAGACGGAAGCCAAAGGAAAGGGUGGAAACAAAUAA